GACGUACCCUUUCCCCACCUUUUGGGGAUGUUGAGUGAAAAUGGCGGAUGUGCAUGUAACCUUGUUGUUGCUACUUGCUACACGUUGACUAACCAACAAGAAACAAAUGCAGCUGAGUACGAAUGUACAUGUCAGUGAAUAAGUGGGUGUUAACUUAUCGUGUAGUCAAGUGUCUGUUGUCCAGAAUAAGGGGAAGUGAAAGAACUAGUACAUAAUCACACAAGACCUAAGGAUCUAGGACAUCUGUGAGCUGAUCCCAGCCAUCUUCAAAGAUGUCUGACUAUCUGAUGAGAGAGUUCAGUGCCCAGCUGAGCACAAGCAUGGACACAGUCCUGAGUAGAGCUGUGUUUGAAAUAAUGGGGAUCUUCGAGAACAGUCUACAUGACCAUCAAAUAGAACUGGGGCAGAAAGGAGAGGAAGUUGCUCAACUUAAAAUGAAGUUGCAUAGAGCAGAGAUCAGACUGAGUGAAAUUGAGCUUGGAGGUGACAGAGGAAUGGAGUUUAAAAAAGGAAGGACGGAAGAUGUUCUGAGCGCACCUGAACAAACUGCUGAUGUUCCUGAGAUUGAUUUUGAAGUACCUGAUGACUGGUGUGCUCCCCUGGGCUGCGAGACCGCGACCAAGCAAGGAGAUUUAUGUCCCAGCGUAAGACUGCGUCGGCUGUCCAUUCCUCUGUGGCCCAUUUCCCUCAUCAAGCAGCAGGUGGUUCAGCGUGACAUUGACCCCGAACAGCGAGCAAACGUUCUCAGGAGAACCAGGAGAAAUUCCUCAUUAAAUGAGAGGCACAAACCCACGCAGGACAAAACCUUACCAACGCGUGGGCAAGAAACUCGAGUGAGAAAUGACAUGAAGGAAUUGCUCCAAGGCACCAAACAGGAAUAUACGGACAUAACGAGCAGUACAGUUCUUAGAAGCAGAGGGCGAAAUUUAACGGGAAAAGAGCAAGAAAAUACAAAGAAGAGCAAAAGUGAGGAAAGAAAAAUCGCAGCAACUGAGUCUGAUGAAAAGGUGACGGUGAAAAGGGAUGGUGAAAAAAAGUAUUGCUGCAAGUUUUGUAAGAAGUUAUUUGAUACAAUGUUUGGACGAAGUGUGCAUGUACGAUCACACAGGAAGUGCCAAGGUUGCAAAAGAGAGUUCCCUUAUCCAAGUUUUCUUAAGGUGCACAAAACAUCUUGCAAAGAACUCAAACAAUUGCUGGCAAAAAAAGCUCAGUCCACUAACCAUCCAAAUCCUGAGUCCUGUGAUGAAAAGAACCCGACUGCAUCAAGCCGAAAACAGGUGAUCGCUGAGAAGAAAGGCACACCUUCCUCGGGCAACCACAGUGAAUCAUCUAUCCAGAAAGAUGGCCGCCCCAAAAACCAGUACUGUGUACACUGCAACAAAAUCUUCCAUAAUCGUUGGAAGCUGAAAGAGCAUGAGCGUAUUCAUACUGGGGAGACGCCAUACACUUGCAGCAUGUGCCCAAAGAAAUUUCGCAUCAAUCAGUCACUCAAAAAGCACAAAAUGAGAAUUCACAAAGACCAAAUGAAAUCCAGUGGGACAAAUAAAAAUCAUGCUCGGACCAAGCCUUUAGAGAAGACUGAAGAUAAUCGUGAAGAUUUAAACUCUCCAAGGAAAGACAGAAGUCGAGCAAUCCACCAUAACGAUGUUCAGAGAGAUCGCAGUCCAGACAUAAGCCCAAGUUCAAAAUGGCAAACAAUGGGCAAACGCUGCCCUAAUGGUUUCAUCUGUUUAUUGUGUCAGAAGCUCUCGAAAAACAUGUCCCGGUUGAUUGAACACUUUCGCACCCACACAGGAGAGAAGCCCCUCAAAUGUGACCAAUGUUCUGCAAAGUUUCGUUCUCAUGGACAGCUAAGCAAGCACAAGAAAGGGUGUUGCAAUCCGAAACAGAGCCAGUGUGCGAAGUGUAAGAAGAAAUACUACUCACAAAAUAAGUACAAUAGGCAUGUGUUGAAUUGUAACAGAGAUCAUUCUUGCAAGGUUUGUGGAAAAGGCUUCUUCACUAAAGGACGACUCGGGAAGCAUAUGGAGCGUUUCCAUAAUUAACAUAGAGGUUGGCAUCACAUGUUUGUCGACAUGCUUGUUUCUGAUUCCCUGUAUUUAACCUUUUUUCAGUUAAGUUGCUUUUUUAUUUUAAGAUGUAAUUAUUUGAUCAUUAUAUAAAUCAUAUCUGUAUCCCCCAUCUCUAUGAAAUAUUAAAACUAUUGUGUAGUUCAUCACACUUAUUGUGUCAUUUCAAACUAAAGUAAGAGCCCAGAUGAAAAACAUCAGUCUGUCCAUGUAAAGAGAGGUCCGGUCUUCCACAUGUAACCUUGUUCUAUUGUCAUUGUGCCAAUCAUUUUGUUUGUUUAGCCAAACACUUCUUAAUAUUAGGAAUAUUUUCUAGUUUUGUACUAAUUUGUAUGUAUUUGCUGUGAAGCCCUAUGGGCUGUAAUUCUUUUAUGAAAGGUGAAAGGUAUCUUGAUUGGUAUUUUGAAACUGCAUCAUUCAAACAAUCUUGCAGAUUGCGUCAGAGAGUCUGGUGAUAUUUUUAGUUGCGUAGUCAAACCUUUGGACUCAGUUUUGCGAUGUUGACUGUAUUUACUGGACAAAAGCUAAAUGGUUCUGUCCUAAUCCUGUAAAAUUCUGUCUUGUUACUUGACACAUCUGAAAACAUUACACUGGCAAAGACUUCUUACAUUCAAAGUUAUGUUGUUAUUUCAUUCAUCUGAUGCUUGAGUCCUGAAACAAGUCUGAAUAAAAGUGAACAUAUUUAUGGCUUUAACUGUA